UCCCCCCUCCCCUCCCCCUCUGUGUGAGAGUUAUCUCAUUUGCCUUGAAGGUUGUUUACAGAGAACCAGUAUAAAAGGGUUGGUGACUGAGAGAGCAACCUGAGGUGCAACAAAACCAGCUCCUCGCAUCUCUGCCUGAUAGCUCCUGUUGACCAUGGGGCAAAGCUGGUUCCUUGGGGGUCCUAGCAUCUUUCUCCUGCUCCUGUUCCUCCUUCCUGGGAGUACUUCAGCAUCUACCGCAGAACCGCAAUACGUGGUGUUGGUGCCCUCUCUGAUCCACACUGAGAUAACCGAGAAGAUCUGCGUCCAACUGAGCCACCUCAAUGAGUCUGUGACCCUGAGCAUCACGCUGGACUAUGGAGGCCAUAAUGAGAGCCUGGUCAGAACUGUGGUGACGAAGACAGAUGACUUCCAGUGCAUCCCAUUUAUGAUCCCCACAGGGAACAGCACAACUAACUCACCAGUGGUGCUUCUCACUGUGUCAGUGAAGGGGGAAACGUUAUCCUUCUGGAGUCGGAAACGGGUGCUGGUCAAGAACAUGGACAGUCUGGUCUUUGUCCAGACAGACAAGCCCAUCUACAAGCCGGGACAGGAAGUUCAGUUUCGCAUUGCUUCUCUGGAUGAAGACUUCCAUCCCGUGAAUGAAAAGUUUCCUUUGGUUUACAUUCAGGAUCCCAAGAGGAACCGCUUGUACCAGUGGCAAGAUGUAGAGCUGCAGGUAGGCCUCACCCAGCUCUCCUUCCCUCUCACAUCUGAGCCCACCCAAGGGACCUACAAAGUGGUGGUGAAGAAAUCCUCUGGGAAAAAUGUGGAACAUCCCUUUGAGGUGAAGGAGUACGUGUUGCCCAAAUUCGAGGUUGUGGUGAAAGUACCUAAAAUUAUAACCAUCAUGAGUGAAGAAAUGGAAGUGACUGUCUGUGGCAUGUAUACCUAUGGAAAGCCUGUCCCAGGCCUGGUGAAGGCCCGUGUUUGCCGACGAUAUUCCGAGUCCAGGAGCCAAUGUUAUGGCAAAGAGUCAGAGGGUGUUUGUGAAGAAUUCAGUGGACAGGCAGAUGGGCACGGCUGUUUGUCUCAGGUGGUGCAAACAAAAGUGUUUCAACUGAAGCGGUCAGGAUAUAGGAUGAACAUCGAAGUGGAAGGCAAGAUCGUUGAAGAAGGCACAGAGAUGGAAUUAACAGGCUCAGCUUCCACGGAUAUUACCCAGACACUCAGCAAAGUUACAUUAAAAGAUGCGGACCAUUAUUACAAGCCCGGGAUCCCGUAUGAAGGGCAGGUGAAGCUAGUAGAUGGUACCAAUCAGCCCAUUGCCAACAAAACAAUCACGAUUACUGUAGGUGCCUUCAAGGCCAACUAUACUACUGAUGCCCUGGGACAAGCUGAGUUUUCCAUAGACACCACUAAUUUCACACAUGAAUCUAUUAAUGUCCAGGCUCAAUAUAAAGCAGAAGCAUCUUGUUAUGACAGAAACUGGAAGUUUCCCAUUCAUCAAUCUGCAUAUCAGAGGGCAUCCUUGUUCUACUCACCAAGUCAAAGCUACAUCCAUAUUUUAACUGUUUCUAAGACAUUACAAUGUGGAGAACACCAUCCAGUCCAAGUGCGUUAUGCUCUGAAUCUGGAAGUCAUCAAACAGGAGAAGAUUGUUUUCCACUAUUUGGUGGCAGGUAAAGGGAGAAUUGUGCAAGAUGGGACCUACAUUCUGCCAGAGACACACAGAGAAGCUAAAGGGAUAUUCUCUCUGGAUAUGACCUUCAACAUCCAUGCUGCUCCUCUGGCCCGUUUGCUACUAUACACUAUUCUGCCCAAUGGAGAACUUGUGGCAGACUCUUACGAAAUUAAUAUUGAAAACUGCUUCUUAAACAAGGUGAAAUUGUGGUUUACUGAUCCCACAGGCUUGCCUUCCAGCGACACUCAGCUCCACCUUGCAGCCUCUGAAGGUUCUUUGUGUGCCAUCCAUGCUGUGGACAAGAGUGUCUUCCUCUUGAAACCUGAGGCUGAACUCUCUUCCCAAACGGUCUAUAACUUGCUGCCUGUGAAGAUGCUCAGUGGCUAUUAUUAUGAGAGCUGGAAUGUAAAGGACCACGAUGACAUCCACUGUGUGCCCUACAAAACGAUAGUUGUAGAUGGUAUUCGCUACCAGCCUGACACUUAUUCACCUGAAAGCGGAUAUGCCUAUACAAUUAUUGAGGUGAGCACUAGUGGGUCCUUGAAAUGGCUUUGGGCUCCAAAAACUGGAAACUGGACCAAGGAGGUCAACGAAAUCACACCCGUUCAGAGGCAAAUGCCCCUUGACAUUGGGGAAAUGGAGUGGUCUAUGCUUCAUUCUGAUCAAAUGACUCUCUACCCUUCAGGUGUUGCAUUCUCCCAAUCUGCGCCAGUCCCAGCACAUGCACUUGCAGGAGAAAAUUAUAGAAUUGCUGAGGGCUACUCUGCUAUGGAGAGUCAGGAUGAUCAGCCACAGGAGACUGUUAGAAAGUUCUUCCCUGAGACAUGGUUAUGGGACAUUUAUGUAGUGAAGAACCUUGGACAAGAUGCCAGCGAGAUCACUGUGCCAGUCACCAUUCCAGACACCAUCACAGAAUGGAGAGCUGGAGCCUACUGUAUGUCAGCAGAUACAGGCUUUGGGUUAGCCAGCACCACCACCCUGACGGCCUUCAAGCCCUUCUUCCUUGACUUCACCAUGCCCUAUUCCGUGGUGCGGGGUGAAGCGUUUGUAUUGAAAGCCACCGCCUCCACCUAUUUGCAAAGUUGCAUACGGGUCAAGAUAUUGCUGGAUCCCUCUCCAGACUUUGAGGCUUCCCCUGUGGAAAAAGAGGAGGAAUCAUAUUGUCUGUGUGCAAAUGGAAGAAAGACAGUGUCCUGGACAGUGACCCCGAAAUCUUUGGGUGAGGUGAACUUCACAGCAAGUGCCGAGGCCCUGAAAUCAGAUGCCCCCUGUGGGAACGAGGUAGUAGAGACUCCCAGCAAAGGACAAAAGGACACCGUGAUCAAACCACUUUUAGUUGAGCCUGAAGGAGUUGAGAAGGAAUUAGUCUUCAGCCAUUUCCUCUGUAACAGCAAAAAUCCACCCUCAGAAGAUGUUUCUCUAAAAGUGCCAGAAAAUGUGGUCGAAGGAUCGGCAAGGGCCUCAUUCUGUGUGCUGGGUGACAUUCUGGGCAAUGCCAUUCAGAACUUGCAUCAGCUUCUCCGGAUGCCCUAUGGUUGUGGCGAGCAGAAUAUGGCCCUUUUUGCCCCCAACAUCUACAUCUUGAACUACCUGAAUAAUACCGGGCAGCUGACGGAGGAGAUCAAAUCCAAGGCUAUUGGAUACCUAGUUUCUGGCUACCAAAGGCAGCUGAACUACAAGCACUCCGAUGGUUCCUACAGCACUUUUGGAGAACGUUAUCAGGAGCCAGGAAAUGCCUGGUUGACAGCAUUUGUGCUCAAGUCCUUUGCUCAAGCCCAGCACCACAUCUUUUUGGAACAAAAUCACAUCAGGGAUGCUCAGGCCUGGCUAGCCGUCCGACAGAAGGAAAAUGGCUGCUUCCGGAGCAGCGGGACCCUUCUAAACAACGCCCUAAAGGGUGGAGUUGACGAUGAGGUCAGCCUCUCAGCCUACAUUGCCAUUGCUUUACUGGAGAUUCCGCUUCCUGUCACUCACUCUGUGGUGCGUAAUGCUUUGUUCUGCUUGGAGACAGCAGCAGAAUCAAAAGAGAUCCACGUUUACACUCGGGCCUUGAUGGCUUAUGCCUUUGCACUGGCAGGGAAAGAGGAGAAGCGAGAAGAGAUGUUGCGCCUCCUCAAUGAGGUUGCUGUGAAUGAAGAUAAUUCCCUUCACUGGCAACGGCCUAAGAAACAGGAGGAAGAGAAGGAUGACCUGUCAUACUAUCACCCUCCUGCUCCAUCAGCAGAAGUAGAGAUGACAUCCUACGUGCUCUUGGCUUACCUGACCAAACGGCCAGCACCAUCUGAGGACGACUUGGCAACAGCCACUCGCAUUGUCCUGUGGCUUAUCAAGCAAGCGAACCCGACAGGGGGAUUCUCUUCUACUCAGGAUACUGUGGUGGCCCUUCAAGCCCUCUCCCUCUAUGGCAGUUCUACCUUUGCCAAGAGCAGUACAGCCGUACAAGCAACCCUGAAAUCUGGGGAGAAUGUCCUGAAGCAAUUCCAGGUGGAAAAGGCCAACCGUCUGCUGCUUCAGUGCCAGAGUGUACCUGAGUUGCCGGGAGACUAUCAUAUUGAGGUGGCAGGGGAAGGCUGUGUCUAUGCUCAGACCACCUUGAGGUACAAUGUGCAGCCAGUCCAGGAAGAUGCACCGUUUGCACUGGAGGUCCACACAGUCCCCAAGACUUGCACUGGACACAAGGCCCACAAAACCUUUGACCUUGCUAUAAAUGUCAGUUACACUGGCAAGCGCCUGGUUUCUAACAUGGCAAUCGUUGAUGUCAAGAUGCUUUCAGGAUUCAUCCCAGUGAAACCAUCUGUGAAAAAGCUGGAAAAUCAAAACCAGAUCAAACGGACAGAAGUCAGCACCACUCAUGUCCUGCUGUAUUUAGAGAAGGUGACCAACACAACCCAGAGUUACACCUUCACAGUGGAGCAGGAUGUGCCUGUCCAAGGCCUGAAGCCAGCCUUGGUGAAAGUUUACGAUUACUAUGAAACAGAUGAAUUUGCCGUGAAAGAAUACAGUGGCCCCUGCAGUGCAGAUGGUACAAAAAAUGGAAAUGCAUGAAGGACAAAACCACAGCCAGUGCACCAUUCUCUCGCUUUGUAGAUUCCUCUGGUAUCUUCCUUCCACUGGACAACACUGAAGGAUAGCACAACAGAGACUAAGAUUUUUUUAAAAAAUAGACAUAGUCAAUAAAAUCUUGUUUGCUUCA